CAAUCCUUUCCAAAUCUCAACACUGCUUCUUGGCCGGAGCUGGAACGGAGGACGAGAGGGAAUUCGCGGCAGUUUCCGACGUAGUCCGAUUCAUUUAUUCCCGCAUCCGGUGGAUAGAUUUCGUCAAGUUCCAAAACUAAUUGAAAUAAAUUCAGGUGUAAAGCACUGAUUCGUUUCAGAAUGCCGCAACGUGAGUAGUCCAUUAAAGUCAAGAAAGAGUCGUCGCUGAGCAUGGCGAGGCGAAAGGCGAAGAAAACAGCUAAGAAGUUGAGCCCUUCUCCUGUGCGUGAAGCAGAGAAUGAGUCAAAACCUGAGGAGCAAGCACCUUUGGUGUCCAACGAGGAUGUUGAGCGGCAUGCUGCUGCAAUACGUGCCAUUCGGGAUGUGGAAAUCGAGCGUUUGAUUACUGAAUUGCGGUUGCUUCGUUCGUAUUUCAACAAAGAGCAAUUGCAAACUCCUAUAUUGCAAUUUUUCGAAGAAAAACUUCCAAACUUGUCCAUUUCAGCAACAGGCGAACAAGGGGAAAUAGAAGUGCAAUGGAAGGAUGCAGCGGGAGAAUUACACACUAAGCCUGCUGACGGAAUAGACAUACAUGCUUCUCUCCUGCAUCGCUUGUCCAUAGCUUAUCCUAACUGCUCUGCCGGAAUGCAAUCUAUGAACGGUUUUGAAUUUUCCAGUAAAUCAGUGAAAACAAAUGCUUUCAAUGUCGAGAACUUGCAAAUUCCGAGCUUCGUUUUGGAGGAGCCUUCGGAUAGUAUGAUGCUUGGCAUGCCAGACAUUCUCCAAACUCCCGGGGUAUGCAACCAAAGAUUGUCCAUUGGGAUGACACCGAAAACCCGAAGGCUGCCGAAGCCUGGUGAGAUGCUUGUAUCCAUCCAUGGAUCUCCCCUUGGUGUUUACAAGGAAGACAACAUGGAAGCAAUACAUGAAUCAGAAGAGGGUUGAUUAGCUGCACCUUGUCAAGACUUCAAAUGGGAUCGUCAUGACCAUCGCACUUGAUAUUCUACACUAUUAACCUUCUUGUAUUGUAUCUAACCUUUCGACUACUACUUAUGAAGAGCUACUCUUACAUGUGUAUAUCUGAGAAUUAGUGUAAUUUCACUUCAAGAAACGCAUAUGUACCAAACGCACAAUAAUUCCACUAAGUUAUUGUGCUUGAUUAUUUGUUGUCGAGGUUGAUGUUGAUAUUUGAUCAAAGGCGACUAACAGGCAACGUCAUUUUCA